AUGGCCAACGAGCAGAUGAAGCUGCAGGGUACCCUGGAGGGACACAACGGAUGGGUCACCCAAAUCGCCACCACCAACCGUGGUGACAGGACGACUGUUAUUUCCUCGUCGCGAGAUAAAACGAUUAUUGUGUGGGAUGUCGACAACUCUUCCCUAAACGAGACCGGCCAAGUUGGGCGCCCGAUGAAGUCCCUGCACGGCCACGGACACUUUGUCUCGGAUGUUGUCAUUUCUUCCGAUGGUCAAUUCGCGCUCUCCGGCUCGUGGGACAAGAGCUUGCGGCUUUGGGAUCUUGCCACCGGCCAAUCUACUCGACGAUUCGCCUCUCACACCAACGAUGUUCUGUCCGUCGCUUUCUCCGCCGACAACCGACAGAUCGUCUCUGGAUCCCGCGAUCGCACGAUCAAGCUGUGGAACACCCUCGCCCAAUGCAAAUACACUAUCACGGAGGAUUGCCACACUGACUGGGUCUCCAACGUGCGUUUCUCCCCCAAUGUCCGCGAGCCUGUCAUCGUGUCGGCCGGAUGGGACAAGGUCGUGAAGGUCUGGAACCUCGGAAACUGCCGCCUGAAGACCAACCACAAGGGACACACCGGCUACAUCAACACUGUCACCGUCUCCCCCGAUGGAUCUCUGUGCGCGUCCGGAGGCAAGGACGGCCAAGCCAUGCUCUGGGAUCUCAAUGAGGGCAAGCACCUCUACACCCUCAACGGAAACGGUGUUAUCAACGCUCUCGCCUUCUCGCCCAACCGUUACUGGCUCUGCGCGGCCGUCGGACCCGUUGUCAAGAUCUGGGAUCUGGAGGACAAGCGCGCCAUCGAGGAGCUGAAGCCCGAAGUUGCCUCAAACCGCGGAUCCGCCGCCCCGCAAUGCAUUUCGCUCGCCUGGUCGCAAGAUGGACAAACGCUCUUCGCUGGUUACACGGAUAACGUUAUCCGUGUCUGGCAGGUGUCUGUACGAAAA